UGGCCGUGUGGGAACACAACCAUUUUUCUUCUUGAUUUGAAAGAUAAGGUCCUUAUGAUUCAAAAACGGUUCUGCAAUCGUCGCGUGUUAAUGUAAAGAUUUGAGCGUCGGGGUCUUAACAAAAUCCCCCGUACAGAAGUAGCCUUUGUCCAAUGACUCUUAUGUGUAAUGUAAUGGAACUGAGUCGUUAUCAAGGGCUAGAUAGAAACAGGCUGACAAUAUUUGUAGAAUCAAUAUUACUGCUAUGUAAUCAUUGAGGUUCAUCUAGAUUUUUUUUUCAAGAAAUACAGUCACAGAUGGAGAUAGGAAAGCUUUUUUCUUGGAGACGGAUUUAUCGAUAAGAAUAUUUGAUGCAAUUUGUGUGGCACCACCUGCUGACAGAAGUUUACAGUGCAGCUUGGUGCAGACACGUCAACCCAUUGGUUGCAUUAUAUCACGUGUGUGGAUCUGAAGAUGGCGUCUCCAAAUGGAGGUGAUGAUUUUGAAUCAUCUCUGCUGAGUUUUGAGAAGCUGGAUAGAGCAUCUCCUGACCUAUGGCCAGAGCAAUUGCCAGGAGUCGCAGAUUUUGCUGCAUCAUGCAAAAAUCCAAUUACCAAUUCUCUGCCCAAAUGGAUGGCUGAACUGGAGAGUGAGGACAUUGAAAUGUUAAAAGAGCUGGGGAGCCUGACCACAGCCAACCUGAUGGAGAAGGUCAAAGGGCUACAGAAUUUGGCCUACCAGCUGGGCCUUGAGGAGUCCAGGGAGAUGACCAGGGGAAAGUUCCUGAACAUCCUGGAGAGACCCAAAAAGUGAAGACCCCAGGACUGCUCUUUACACAGGAUGUGUCUGCACAGAGAGUAAUACAACACCCAGACGACUGACUUGAGACAGAAGAGGAAUCAGACCUAUGCCUUUAUGUAUACACUCAUACUACUACUACCACCAUCAAGUCCCUGAAUUUGAAUAUUGACACUGGGGCUAAAUUCACUCACUGCGGAGUUCCGCUCGAGUCAAAGGGCUGCAACACUUUUCACCCCCUGACCUGUACAUUUCUUUUGUCCUCAAAGGCAGUUCCAUUUACUUUUAGAAUGAUUUGAAAUGGUGAAUUACUUUCCUGUUUAGCUAGCUCGUAGGACUGUUUUUAAAUGUGUAUAUUCUGUAUUUAUUAUUUUGCUAUUUGGAGCAUUAUUUUUUUUUUUUAUGCAAUUUGUCAAAGGAUAUUGUGUAAUUCUUUUUUUUUAAUUAUAAAUUGCUCCCUCUUUUAGGCUAUAACAUGUUUAUUAAUUGUCCUUGUAAUCAAACUAAUUGGUAAUUACCCUCGGUGUGCAUCUCUGGAUACAAUUUAAUCUUUCAAUGGUUUAGGAUACAAUUAAAUUCACUUCAGAAACUGGUU